CCACUCUCGACGUAUACGCGUAUUCAAAGCUAGUAAUGACCAUCGACAACGCAGAGUCUAACCCCCCGCCAUUCGAGGUGGUCAAUGCUGUCGAACUCGUCUCUGAGACAGAUAGCAAGAUUACUGGCGUCUCUGUGUAUUCGCAGCGCGCGGAAGUCACCCGUGUAUUCAAGUUUGAGGUGAAGACCGGCCAGAACCAGGUCACUAUCACAGGUCUUCCUUCUGCCAUGGACCAGGGGUCAUUCAGAGUUGAAGGGCGAGGCUCGGCUACCAUCCACGACGUGACCAUCUCCUGCAUCCCAGCCGCUCCACCUCCCAAGGGGUCGCCGAAGCUGGAAGAGCUCGAAGGGGAGAUGCUCAAGACCACGAAGGCGCUCUCGCGCGCUCGCAUUGCUAUUUCCUCUAUUGAAACCUACAUGAGCAGUGUCAAACCCGAGAAUGUCGACGUUUCUAAACUUCAAAUCAUCGUUGACAACUACGAAGCCACGGCGGAGAAACUCGACGACAGGAUCGCUGAACUGAACACAAAAAAGAAGCAGUUGCAAGACAGCAUUGAAGAGGAGAAGACGGCGUUGUUCGGUCCCCAGAGGAACGAGAAACUCACGCUCAAGGCUGUGAUCGGCGUGUUUGCUAACUUGGAAGGGGAGGUCGAGAUUGCCUUGAUUUACGCUGUGAGGAGCGCCAGCUGGUCGGCGGAGUAUGAUAUUCGUGUGGAUAUGGACACCAAAGAGAAGCCCGUUACCCUUGUUUAUAAGGGCGCCAUUACCCAAAACACCGGUGAGGACUGGACCGACGUUCCCCUGAGCCUUGAAACCGCAGCUCCUACAUUCGGUGUUGGGAUACCUUCUCUUUCUACUUGGACUCUGUCGGUCUACGUCCCACCAGCCCCUGCCUACCGCAAAUCCAAGGGUGGAAUUCUUCUAUUUUCAUCGAAUGGCCGCAGAGAGACUGUCGCUCCAACCACGGCGGCCCCUGCCGUACCUGCACAGUCCUGGGCGGCAAUGCAAACAUACGAUCCAACGAUCGAGGAUAGCUAUGUUCCAAUGGUCCCUGAAGAUAUCCAGCAUCGCAACCUGGAAGUCUCGAGCAAGGGGAAUAUCUCCGCUACCUUCAGCGUCCCCGGUCUCAUGACUAUCCCAAGCGACAACGUCGCGCACAACGUGACGAUCGUCAAAUUGGAACUCGAUGCUGACAUGGAAUGGGUGUCUGUUCCCAAGCGCGAGACUAAAGUACAUCUAAAGGCUGUCGUCAAGAACACGUCGGGAUAUACCCUCCUACAGGGCCCGGCAAGCGUCUACGUAGACGGUAGCUUCAUUUCUCGCUCAAAUGUCCCACCUGUUAGCCCUGACGAGACCUUCGACUGUCCUCUCGGCCUCGACCCGUCCAUCCGCAUCACCUACCCUGCACUGGCCAAGAAGACCGCUCAAAGCGGAUUCAUGUCCAAAUCCCGCGUAUAUAACUACACCCAACGCAUCACCCUGCACAACACCAAAUCAUCAGCAGUCACCAACGUAAAAAUCAUCGAUCAAAUCCCCGUCUCAGAGGACUCCACCAUUGCAGUCAAACUCCUCUCUCCCAGCCUCCACCUCCCCGACAAAUCGACUGGGGCAGGUAACGCCGCCAGUAGGCUCAUCCCAGGUCAGACAGUGGAGAACAAGUUGGGCGUCAAAGUUCCCGCACCUGUUAGUGUCGCGAAGGGUGUUACAGCGCAAUGGGAGGGUGUGGAUGAAGUUGGAAGUGAGACUGAUCUGGAUGACCUGGGUGGGGAUGGAAAGCUGGCGUGGAACUGCACGAUACCUGCCCAAGGGAAGCUUAAUCUGACGCUCCAGUGGGAAGUAUCGGCCCCCUUGAAGACGCCGAUUUCGGGCUUGUGA